AUGGCGCGUCUACGAGGCUCAGGAAAGGUCAAGCAGGUCCGUCACAUGAAGAAGAGAUUUCUGCUGCCUCUGCCAGGGGAUGUGGGUCGCCAAGACGCCAGAGAUCAGCCUAUGGAGCUUGACGCCAAUGAGAGACCGCAAGAUGCCCUCGAGGAUGGCCAGCAAGGCGACCGUGCGCCGGAAAAGGAGGAUCUGCUGGAUCAAAUUGUCGCGCACCUGCGCACAAUUCGUGCUGGACAGCGACAAUCGCUCGUCAUCCAGCCUCACAGGACUUUUGUCGUUGGUCGACAUUUUCAGUGGUACGUUGGCGCCGAUCGCCCCGCAAAGAAGCCUGACGGAAGGCGGCUCAUGAACGCAGCGCAUACACACAGUGACUACGUUGUGCCCGCGCCUAGCGUUUCAGCUCGAACCAUUGUUGGAGACUAUCGCAUCCUUCCACGAGUGCUUGGAACAGGCUCCUUUGCCACCGUGCGCCUGGCCAUCCAAAUCGACACGGGCGCUCAAGCAGCGUGCAAGCAACAAGAUCGACGUUGGAUCGAAGAGGAGGAGAAUGCUGCUACUGCAAGGCGAGAGAUUCAGCUCCUGCAACGCUUGUCCCACCCCAACAUCAACGGACUGCUUGCACUAGAGAAGGACCGUCGAUACCAGUAUUGCUUUGUAUCUUGUGCUACUGGUGGAGAUCUGUUCGGGUACAUCCUCGCUCACGGGCAGAUCCAAGAAGCAGAGGCGAAAUUCAUCUUCUUCCAGCUCCAGAAUGCCCUAGCAUACGUGCACGAGCACGGAGUUGCGCAUCGUGAUAUCAAAGUAGGUGAAGCACGAGUGCCGCUUCAGUGCGACCCCGUGCUGAGUAUUCCCUCUCAGGGAGAAAACGUACUUCUCAUUACCGCCGGCAAGUUCCCCCACGUCCAGCUCGCAGAUUUUGGAUUGGCUUCCGAGAGGACUUUGGAAAAUGCAAUCGUUGGUUUGCCGCUAGGCAAGCACAAUGCUCGAAGCCAUUGCGGCACCGUCUCUUAUCUUCCACCCGAGGUCCUUAAAGCUCGUGUCGUUCUAGAGGCUUACGAAGCUACGAGCGUCGAUGUAUGGGCGCUUGGACUUGUUCUUUACGUGAUGCUCUCUGGAAGGCACCCUUUCGAUAGCGCUCUCUUAGAUGCUAUGGACGACUGCACGUAUGAUGUGCAGCUGGAACUACUAGAGCGAGGGCACGUCACCGAGGAGUACCUUGUGGAUCGGGGCCUUCUGGUGAUGAAGCCUGCACCACCUUCUAGCGGCGAUCAGGCAGCUCAGGAUACACUCGUGGAACGGCGGGCUCUUAUCCGUGCCAUCUUCUCGGGCAUAGACGUAUCGAGUCCUGACCUAGAAGGUACGAGUGACGCAGGUCAGCUCGUCCAGGUGCGCGUGAGCAAGCGUUUGACAGCACGGCAGGCCGGAAAAUCCGCUUGGAUCCAGUCUUCCUUGCCACAGCUCAAAGCGAUGUACGGCCAGCGCGUUCUCGGGCGCCUCAGCUGAAGAGACUUUCCAGCAUGCGGUACCAAGCAGCAGUCGCACGCUUCGAUAGUCGUAUACGAUGUCUGAACUCCGGAGCUCGCUUUCCAUUGUAGUCAAGGUAACCG